AACAAGAUGCAUUUCGGUGGUUUCGGUGAUGAUGAUCAAGAAACAAAUGAUGGAAGUGAUCGACCUAAAUCCAAGAAUGAAGUCAUGAAGGAACUUAUUGCUAAAAGCAAAAUGCACAAAUAUGAACGACAAAUGGCUAAACAAGAAGAUGAUGAUAUUCGUGCUGGAUUGGAUGAAGAACUCAAAGAUAUCCGGGCUCUUUUGAAUACUGACAAACGCAAACCUCUUCCAUCGCAGAAUCAGCUAUUUGCCAAAACAGAAAUUGAAAACAAUAUCAAAGCCGAGCAAGCUGCUGAACAAAAGGAUCAUCAAGUAGAAAAGGACGAUGAUUAUGAAGAUUAUGACAAGGCUCUUCGUGACUUGGCAUUUGAUCGACGAGCUCAAGCUACUGAUAGAACUAAAACAGAAGAAGAAUUGGCUUUGGAAGAAAAGGAAAAGUUGGAAAAGGCUGAACGUGCAAGAAAACGACGUAUGGAAGGAUUGGACUCUGAAUCUGAAACUGAAGGUGAUCGAUUCUCACAUAGACGUGGAGCAAAGAAACAACGUAAGUCUACAGGUGGUCCUGAUGCUGAUGAUUUGGAGGAUGAUUAUGUUGAAGAUGAUCAUGAACAACUUGGUACUGGUCUUACCUUGGAUGAUAUUCAAAAUGGUGCCUAUGAUCUUGAAGCUGAUAUGGAAACUGGCGAUGAAGGAUCUGGGGAUGAAGAUGAAGAAGAAGAUGAAGAUGACGACGACGAAGAAGAAGAUGAUGAUGAUGAAUCAGAAGUGGACGAUUUGGAAGGGGAUGAAAUACCAGACUUUGGCGAUGAUGAUGAUGAUGAUGACAUGAAUCAAAUUGGACAACAUGGAAAAGUGGUUACAAAAUCUAAUAAAAGCAACAAAAAGUCCAAAACUUCUAAUGGCGAAACAACAGGCGAAAUUCCAUAUACAUUUGAAUGCCCCGAAUCACAUAGCGACUUUUUGGCAAUCAUGGAUGGUCUCAAAUUGGAAGAUACUCUUACUGUAAUCAAGCGUAUCCGUGUUUUGUAUCAUAUCAAAAUCUCUCCCGAAAAUAAACAAAAGAUGUCAGUCUUCUUCAAUGUCUUGGUGGAACAUCUAGGUUAUAUUGCAUCAACAGUUAGUCCCUUACCUAUAAAGUUACUGGAAGCCCUAAAUGGUCAUAUCUUUGAAAUAGCACAACAAAUACCAGAAGCUGCUACUGAAGUCUAUAUUACUAAGGUUAAGCAAAUGCAAAACAACAUGGCGAAGAAAAUGCGAAACAGUUUGAAGUCAUCUUGCUGGCCUGAUGUAGAAGAUUUGACUAUUUUACGCUCUCUAGGUCAAGUUUUCUCUACUUCUGAUUUGAAUCAUUCUGUGGCUACUCCUGCUUCUCUCUUUAUGGCUCAAGCUUUAGCUCAAUGUCCUGUGCGUACUGAAGUUGAUAUUGGUCGUGGACUUUUCUUGACACAGUUAUUCUUGGAGUAUCAAGCAAUUUCAAAAAGAUUGGUACCAGAAUGUCUCAACUUUUUACACCGUGUAUUGGCCAUUUUGACCCCAUCAAAUGCUUUCACUGAUGAACAAAUACCUGGCAUAUUCCCAAUGACUGAAGAGACAACCAAAUUGAAAAUCAAGGAUACACAAGGUAAAGGGUUAGAAUCUCUUAAAUCAAUUUCUUUAGAUCAACUGGUGGAUGAAGAUGGAUUCGACAAGAAAAAUACCGUACGGCUCUCUCUUGUUCAAGCAUCUUUACGUUUAUUGGAACGUUAUCUUCAAUUAUAUGCAUCAACACCUGCUUUGGUAGAAGUCUUUGAUUCUUCUCUUUCUUUAAUUCAACAACUUCAAUCAUUGACUUGGCAUAAGGAUCUGAAGACCUUGAUGGAUCACUUACAAGAUCGAUUGGAACGACAAAUCAAAUUCUGUAUUGAAAAACGACUCAAGACACCUUUACGAAUGCAACAACAUCGUCCAGUACCAAUUGCACAACAUUUACCCAAGUUUGAAAAAGGAUACUCAAUGGAUCGUCAUUAUGAUCCUGAUCAUGAACGAGCUGCCACCGCCAAAUUGGAAGCACAACUCAAGAAGGAAAAGAAGGGUGCCAUGCGUGAGUUACGAAAGGACAAUAUGUUUAUGGCUCGUGAAAAGGCAAAGAUCAAGAAACAAAAGGAUGAAGACUACAACAAGAUGAUCAAGGGUGUCAUGACGAUCUUGGAAGGCGAUCAAGCUGAAAAGAAUAGGUUGGAACGAGAAAAGAAAAGAAAAUAGAUUGUCCCCACUUUUUGGUAUCACUGCAUCAUUUGAUUAGAUUUUUUUUUAUUUUUUUAUUUUUUUUAUUAUUAUUAUCCCCUCUUACUUUACAAUGUACAUAGAAACGCAG